AUGUCGCACCACCACUUUGCCGCCGCCACUGCACUCGCGACCUCGUGCGGGUCGACCACCUCGUCUCGCCCGUCCACCUCGGCGUCGUCCUUCUUCUCCAAGGACUCGGCGUCAACCGCAGAGUCCGACUACGACCUGUCGCCUCGCCCGCUCCCCGUCCACGCGACCCUGCCGCCGCUCGAUCCUCGCGCCAAAGCCGGCACCAUCCGCCUCCCGCUCCAGCUCCCGGCACCGCCGACCGACCUGAGCGAGGUCGACGUCUCAAGCCUUGUCGUCGACGACGAGCUGCAUGGCGCGCCGGUCGGGUUCGCCGUCGGACGCCUGCGCCAACUUGGCGCCCAGCUCUUGACGGCGACGACGGCGACGUGCCUGCACAUUCCGCCCGGCCCGACCCUCGCCCCGUACCUCCAGGUCUCGCUCCCUCCCCAGUCGCCGCCAAUCCCUCCCGUCUUCCUCCCCAGCCACGUCUUUGCGAUCCACUCGACCGACUCGCCCAGGACCCUCCUCCUCCCCGUACACGGCCUCCUGUGGGCGGCAUCGUCGCCGUCCCUCAACAUCCUCAGCUCGCGGCCCGAGAAGCAGCCGGCGCACCCGUCCUUGCCAGCGCAACCUCGACCGCGGCACGGCGGCGAGACGCACCUGCCCGUCAUCGAGCUCACGCUCCCGUCGUCGGCCGCGUUCCCGCUCCUCCAGGGGUGGAUCUACCUCCGGUCGCCGUCCCUCCUCCUGUCGUCCCUCCUCCCCCACCCGCCAACGCCCUCUCCCGUCGCCGCCCCUUCCCCCACCUCCCACCCCUCCUCCCUCUCGCACCUUCUUAACCCCUCGUCGCCCGAGAAGCGUCCUCCACCACGCCACACCGCCCCGUCCCCUCAGCACUCGCCCUCGGACUUUACGCGCACCCUCUCGGCCUUGUCGUCCGUCGUCCUCCUGCGGUACGUCCACCUCGUGCACGGCCUGUGGCAGGACACGGUCGCGCUCCAGGUCAGCGACGAGGACCUGUGGCGCGCCAUGGGCGUCGCGUGGCGCAUCCUCGUCGCCGCGCUCGCGCUCAAGGAGCAGGAGCGCGCGAGGAGGGGCACGAGCCCGGCGAGCGGCGAGGAGGGCGAGGCGGCGACGGCUUGA